AUCUUUUAGACUAAUAUCCACCGUUUAAUUUCAAUCAAACGGCUAAAAAUUGUUUUCCCUUUAGGGUCAUUGGUAAUCCACACGACACCCACUAACUCUAACUCUCCCCGUUUUCUUCCUAACUCCGGCCCCUCUGCAACUUCUCCGGUACGCAAAAAUCUUCCCAAAACGCCGUCGUUUUAAUUCUAGUAGAACCUUAAACUUCCGUUUAAGAUAACGGAAGUAUUUUUCUCGCAAAUUGUUUGAGAUCCGUUUGGCCUUAAUUCUCUCUCCCCGAUCACCGGUCGUGACGUGGUUAUGUAUGGCAUCAUCAAGGAUAUGUGCUGGAGUACCUCUAGUGAUGUGAUUCAUUUUCCUAAAGUGGUUUACAUGUUCGGGGGAUGGAUGUUGAAGUGAUCGACGUUGAAGAAGGGAAUAUGCACCAGCAAGGUGGCAUAAAUGAUGACGGCGAUGAUGAACCCAGUGAGAGUGGAGAAGCAAAUGUAAAUGGAAGAUCAAAUGACGUUGUUGAGCCGCAAAUGGGUAUGGUAUUUCUUUCUGAAGAUCAAGCAAAGAAUUUCUAUGAUGAGUAUGCUAGGCGUUUGGGUUUUACCACCCGUGUAUGUCAGUUUAAUCGACUGAAGACUGAUUUCUUAUGUGACAAGGUUGGUUUGAGAAGAGUGUCGGGUGAAUCCUGUGAUGCAAUGCUUAGAGUGGAGUUAAAAGGUCAAAACAAGUGGGUUGUGACCAAAUAUGUGAAGGAGCAUAGUCACUCACUCUUGUAUCCUAAUAAGGUGCAUUAUCAGAGAUCGCACAGGCAUUUUGCGGUGACAAAAAAGAAUGUACCUGAGAAUAAUCAGGGCGUUGGAAUUGUUCCUAGUGGUGUAAUGUAUGUCUCAGUAGACGGUAACCGCAUCCCUGUAGAGAUGAACCAUGGAGCUAAGAGAACUCGUACUGCAGAGUUGGAUCAAACUGUUAAGAAUACUAUACUUCAGAGUUUUUCUCCUAGACACUGCAGUCAACGAAGAACAUUAGGGAGAGAUGCUCAGAAUCUUCUUGAUUACUUCAAGAAAAUGCAGGCUGAGAAUCCUGGAUUUUACUAUGCCAUACAGUUGGACGAAGAUAAUCGCAUGGCUAAUGUAUUUUGGGCUGAUGCAAGGUCGAGAAAUGCAUACCGUCAUUUUGGUGAUGCCGUUAUACUGGACACAAUGUACAGAGUUAAUCAGUGCAGAGUCCCAUUUGCUCCGCUCACAGGAGUAAAUCAUCAUGGUCAGACAACUUUGUUUGGCUGUGCACUUCUUCUAGAUGAGUCUGAGGCUACAUUUGUCUGGCUAUUUAAGACCUUCCUUGCCUCUAUGAAUGACCGUGCCCCUGUCUCAAUAAUUACUGAUCAGGACACUGCUAUACAAUCUGCAGUUGCUCAAGUUUUUCCUGAAACACAGCAUUGUAUCAACAAGUGGCAUGUAUUAAGGGGUGGCCAGGACAGAAUGGCUCAUGUAUGUCACAUGUACCCAAAUUUCCAGGUUGAACUCUAUAAUUGUAUCAAUUUGACGGAGACAGUCGAAGAAUUUGAAUCAUAUUGGGAGAUAAUCCUUGAUAAGUAUGACCUGAAAAAGAAUGAUUGGCUUCAAUCCAUAUAUAAUACACGUCGCCAGUGGGUACCAGUUUAUUUUCGCAAUACUUUCUUUGCAGCCGUCUCUCCUAACCAGGAAUAUGAAUGCUCAUUUUUUGAUGGCUAUGUGAAUCAACAAAUUACAUUGCCAUUGUUCUUCAGGCAGUAUGAAAGAGCCUUGGAGAAUUCAUUUGAGAAGGAAACAGAAGCUGAUUUUAAUACAAUAUGCACCACUCCAGCGCUAAGGACACCAUCUCCAAUGGAGAAACAGGCAGCAACUUUAUACACGAAGAAGAUAUUCUCAAAAUUUCAAGAAGAGUUAGUGGAGACAUUUGUCUAUACUGCAAACAGAAUUGAUGGAGAUGGGGUUCUCAGCACAUUCAGAGUUGCAAAAUUUGAGGAUGACCAGAAAGCAUAUAAUGUCUCGUUGAAUAUAUCUGAGCUGAAAGCAAAUUGUAGCUGCCAGAUGUUUGAAUGUAGUGGUAUCCUCUGCAGACAUAUUCUUACAGUUUUUACAGUAACUAAUGUUCUUACAUUGCCGUCUCAUUACAUCUUGAAGCGAUGGACAAUAAAUGCAAAAUGUGGUGCUGAAUCUGAUGAACAUGUACUACUACAUGGUACUGAAUCAAUGGCACAGAGAUACAACAAUCUCUGCAGGGAAGCCAUAAGAUACGCUGAAGAAGGGGCUGUGGCUCAAGAGACAUAUAAUGCUGCAUUAAGUGCUCUUAAAGAAGGAGGAAAGAAGGUGGCUCUUGCAAAAAGAAAUGUUGCUAAAGUUUCAUCUCCUAGCUCACAGGUCACUAGUAUUGGCUAUGAUGAUAGGAGGACAUCUACCUCUGCUUCAGAAAUGACGCCAUUAUUGUGGCCACGGCAAGAUGAAAUGACAAAGCACUUUAAUCUUAAUGACAAUGGUAGUCCUGCUCGGGCUGUUGCUGAUUUAAAUGCCCAGCGCAUGGCCCCUGUGUCUCUUCAAUGUGAUGAUGGUCAUCCAGAUAACACGGUGAUUCUUCCUUGCCUCAAGUCAAUGACUUGGGUGAUGGAGAAUAAAACUUCGGCACCUGCGAAUAGAGUUGCUGUCAUCAACCUGAAGCUGCAAGAUUACAGUAGGACUCCUUCACGAGAAUCAGAAGUGAAGUUUCAGCUAUCCCGGGUCACACUAGAGCCCAUGUUGAAGUCUAUGGCUUAUAUCAGCGAGCAGCUCUCCGCCCCGGCUAAUAGGGUUGCUGUCAUCAAUCUGAAGCUUCAAGAUACAGAAACAACUUCAGGAGAGUCAGAGGUCAAAUUUCAGGUUUCUAGAGAUACUUUAGGUGCCAUGUUGAGGUCAAUGGCAUAUAUCCGCGAGCAACUGUCAAAUACAGUUGAGUCGCAACUGGAGAUUCCGGCAAAAAAGCAAAGGAAAUAGAAGUUAUGUUCUUUUACUAUUUAUAGCCAGUUGUGUGAAUAGAUAACCCUGCGGAUUGGAGUGGUGCUGACAUUCUUCUUUAAACGUGUAAUUAGGAUGGUUGAAUUUGGAAUUGUCCAAGUUCUCAUUGUGUAGCUUUAGGUAGGAUAGCAGUUUUACAUGCUUUGCGUUUUCUGCAUUAUUUGUACAUGUAAAUUAUUAAUUUCAAGAAUGCAAGGCCAUGUGUUUUUUUCUU